UUUGAGGUCACGAAGUCGUUUGCAUCAGCACCACCUCCUGAAAAGUGACAUCGCUUGCUAAGGCUUUCGGUGGCUGUGAAGCAGUCAUUAUUUGCUGUCAAACCGUAUGUGGAAAAAGCAAAGGGGAGGUGAUUAUAACUGACAUUAGAGUGUGGAUGUUUGUUUGAUUAUUAUCAAAGAAAGAAGAAUAACAAUAAAAUAUAUCAUUGCAUCUUAAAGCUGGGAAGAUUUCUGAAGGGAAGGAAGAGAAACUAGUUAUCUCUGGCAGGUUUAUUGUUGAAGAAUUCGUGUUGUCAGAAGAAGUAUCGUCACCAAGCUGCUCUUCACUUAACAGUGGUGACUCAGCGGAUCAAUUCCUAGAUUUAACCACAAGGUAAAUCUCAACAAUGUCUUCUGAAGCCACUAUUCCAAUUACUUCUGAAUCUCCUCUGCCUGCAACUUCUCCUCAGUCUCCACGGUCACCACGGUCACCUGCACCUCCUGGGUCGCUCAAUAUUCCAGACGGUAGCCGAAAGAGAGAGCGGUCACUUUCCCCAAUGAGAGGUUCAGGCUACCUCAUCCCUAGUCCCCUCCCAACGAGACGAACCAGGACGUUUUCUGCGACUUUAAAAGCAUCUGAACAACCAGUGGCCAAAGGAGUGUGCAAGUGCUUCUGCCGAUCAAAGGGACACGGAUUCAUCACUCCUGCUGAUGGUGGACCUGAUAUAUUUGUGCACAUCUCAGAUAUUGAAGGCGAGUAUGUGCCCGUAGAAGGUGAUGAAGUAACCUACAAGUUGUGCACCAUUCCUCCAAAACAUGAGAAGAAGCAAGCUGUGGAAGUGGUCAUCACCCAUCUAGCACCAGCAACGAAGCAUGAGACUUGGUCAGGGCACGUCAUCAGCUCAUAAACAUCUACUUAGUUGUGUAUUUGUUUGGGGGGUGCUAACUGGGGAAUGGUGGUAUAGUCACUUAGCCAGUUUUUGCUGAUGUCUGUGUGAUAGCAGAAGGCAUUGAGUUGUAUGGGAGUAUUCUAUAUUGUGAUUUAAGACAGGAAUAUGUCCAGAUAAUGCACUGUUGUGGAUAUUGGCCUUUCAGUUUGUUUUUUUUCCAUAUCCUAGACUGAGUAUGAUUUUACAUACUUGUUAAAAGUUACUGUAAUCUUACCCUUUUUAAGGGGCAGGCUUUGACUUUGUAACUCCUUGAGAUUUUCAUCUUGUAUUCAGUUGCAUUCUGCACUUACAGAAAUCCAAGAGCAGGGGGGAAAGUGGACAAGUUUAGUUAUCCCUUUUAAAUGAACUCUUGCCACUUUUGUUUUUUUUAGUAACUUGCGGCCCAGGUUUCUAAUUUCUCAUUUAUUGCAAUGAUCAAGGAAGAAAGAACUAUCUUGCAUCUCGGCUCUUUUAGUGAAAUCUGAGUAUAAAGUAUGUCAGUUAAACAUGGUCAACAUGCAGAGAAUGCCUUGGCAGUUAAGGCCCUUUCAAACAGGUAAAUGAAACAAAUGAAUAGAUGUCAUGGUUCAGUUUACUAUGUGUAAUAAAUGUCAGUUUGUACUCGGGAUUACUUGCACAGACACGCUAUUUGCUGAAGUCACUACGUUUUGAGGGCUAGUAUCCAGAGGCUCAUAGGUCCUUCUCCCUAGUAACCUGUUAUCUAUACUGCUGAAACAGUGCCUGACUGAAAUGUAAUUACAUUUGUUAAAUGCGUCAUUUCAAAAUUUCAGCUGCGUUUACUGUGUUUUUGUACAAAUAAAAACUGUAUUCAAAGGUUCUUGA